AUGUCUCUGCCUGUGGUGCUGCCGGGCUCCUGCUGUCCCAUGGCGCGGCUCUCGGCGGUCUCUGAGGUGGGCAGACCUUGCUCAGCGGGAGCUGCUGCUGCUGUUGCUGCUGCCGCCGCCGUCGCCCCGAACCCUCCUCAGCCGCCGCCUCGCCGGCUCCGCUGGUCCAGCUCCGGCUUCCGGCAGCCCCGGCCUCGGCCAGCCUCCCUGUCCCCCGUGGCUUCCCGUCGAAGCGGGGCCUCGUCCGCUGCCGGCCCGGGCCCGCUGCCGGCCAGACCGCUGCUGUCCCUGGGGCUGCUGCAGUUGAUUUUGGGAUGCAGCAUGGUGGCCCUAAGCUUCGGGGCGCUCUCCCUCACCAACUCUCCGCAGGUGAAGAACUCCUGUCCCUUCUGGGCCGGCUCCUCGGUCAUUUUAUCAGGGAUUAUAGGAUUAACAAUAUGGAAGAGACCUAUGAUAAUUUUGGUUAACUUGUUUGUUUUACUUUCUGUUAUUUGUGUUCUCUUGAAUCUGGCGGGCUUUAUCCUUGGAUGCCAAGGUGCUCAAUUUGUGUCCAGUGUCCCUAGGUGUGAUAUGGUAGAUGUUGCUGAAAAUAAAAUUUGUUUCUGCUGUGAAGAAUUUAUGCCAGCAAAAUGCACCGAGAAAGAAAAUGCAUUGCAGUUGUAUGCAAUCCAGUCAUGCAGUUCAGUUCACCUUCUACUCAAAAAAGUUCUCUUUGCUCUCUGUGCUCUGAAUGCCUUGACAACCACUGUUUGUUUGGUAGCUGCUGCCCUGCGUUACCUGCAGAUAUUUGCAACAAGAAGAUCCUGCAGAGAAGAACAGCAAGUUUAUACAGAGGAAGUCGAAGAAGAUGGUCCUGCUUCUGAUCCUGAGGAUUUUGUGCCACCAGCCCCACCUCCGUCAUAUUUUGAUACAUUCUAUUCUUCCACACCACGAGGCAAUCGCAGGAUGCUGGGUUCUGAUGUCAUUCCAUUACCACACAUCUAUGGAGCCCGAAUUAAAGGUGUUGAAGUCUUCUGCCCUCUUGAUCCCCCACCUCCUUACGAAGCUGUGAUGAGCCAGAUGAGACAUGAGCAGGAGGAUGCUUCCAAUUCAGCUAUUGCAGAAGCUGUAAGUGACCCACCUGGACGAAAUGAUACACAAGUGCCACAAGGAGAUGAAAGUUCUUUUAAUACUUUGAGUAGAGAGACCACCUUGUCUCCAGAUGCCAGCUUGGUACCUGUGGGGGCUUCUAAGCUAUUCAGAAAACGAUCAAAAAGCGAUCCUGUUCUUCAGGGUUUUCCAUUCAGAGGUCCAGUGCUAAGUUGUGAAGCUGCCACUCAAACAGACCGAAAACCACAGCUGGCUACUGUCAUUUUGCGAAAAACUCUGAGAGCAAAGGCUGUGCGCUCAAGGCCUCAGUCUUUAAUAGACUACAAAUCAUAUAUAGAUACUAAGCUUCUGGUAGCCAAAUUCUUGGAGCAGUCAUCCUGCAACAUGACGCCUGACAUACAUGAACUAGUAGAAGACAUCAAAUCUGUCUUAAAAUCAGAUGAAGAACACAUGGAGGAAGCCAUCACCAGUGCCAGUUUCCUUGAGCAGGUCAUGACUCCUGCUCGCCCAUCCAUAACAAGAGCACACACGCUGCCUUUCAGGAGGCACCCGGGACUUUUGCACUUGGAGAGCUGUGGAGAUGUAAGUACUUUUACUGCAGCCGGAACUCGGGGGCCGAACAGGAGGACGCAGCGGAUGGAGCCAGAGCGGCCUCACAGUCUCAUUGGAGUCGUCCGAGAAACCGUACUUUGAGCUCAGUUGCGUUUUGGUCCCAUGUGGAGUGCAAAGGCUGGAGCCGAAAAGCAGCUGGAUGGCGGGAUCCUUAAUCUAUAUUUCUUACUUAACUGUACUGCUGCUUUUGAAAGAGCAUUUGAG